AGUAUUUUGUCAUUGACCGUGGGUACUGGACAGCGUUGUGACGUAACGCGACGACACAUGGACGAGGAUUUCAAGAUGGCGGCUAUCGAGAGUUUGACAGAGACUGGCCAAGAAAUGCCGGAAAAAGGCACAGAAAGCGCGGAUAAUAGCUCAGAAAGUAAUUCGGGUACAGAAGAAGCUGAAYACAGCCGCUCGAGUUUAUCAAUGYCUGAACGUAAAAGUGAGCAUAAGAAGAAAAAGAAGAAACACAAAAACCACCAUAAGCACCAUCGUAAACACCACAAGCAUUCUGAUGAAGAUAAAGAGCGAAAACGCCGUCAUAAGCAUAAACACAAGCAUCGGAAAGCGUCCUUGGAUAACUCGGAUACUGAGCCAUUGGAUAAAAAAAGCCGCAUUGAGACAAUAGCAGGGGAGCUGGAAGAGCUAGAAAGACGUAAAGCCUAUCUGAAACAACAACUUGAGAAUGAUAGAACAUCUGAGAGAGAUGGAGCCUCUUUAAGAAGUAGUUCAAGUGAUAAAGAUAAGAAAAGGAAAGAAUAUAGAGAUAAAGAGGAACGUGAGAAAGAAAGGUCCCAUUUAAAUGAUUUUGACAGAAAUGGAAAGCAAGGUUAUAAAAUGGAAAAAGUGAAAGAAAGAAAAGAACACAGAGAAAGUACUCGGCACAGCAAAGAUGGUAGCUCCCAUGAUUCAAAAGAAAUGAAAGAAGAAAAUGGUGAAAAACGAAAGAGAAGGGACAAGUCAAGAUCUCCAGAUAGACCAAAGAGGCCACACAGUUAUUCACCAGAUAAAAAGACAGAAUCGUUGUCCAAUAUAUCAAGAAGUCGAAGAGAAAGAUCAAGUUCUACAGAUAUAUUUGGGAGGUCCAAAGACCUCAAUAAGAAGGUCAAUGAAAAAGAAAGUGGUACAUCAGAAGAUAAAGGAAAGUCUUUGGACAGAGAAAGAAAUCAGUCAAAAGAAAAGCAAAGUGAAACUUCUAGGCCAAAGGAUGAAUUAAGAGGUCGCAGAGAGAGGUCAGGCUCUAAAGAUCGCUUUGGGAGGUCAAAAGAUUUGGCCCAAGGAAGAGAUAAUGAGAAAAGCACUUCCAAAAUGGAGGGUAAUAGUAGGACAAUAUCGAUUGAGAAAGAAAAGACAGAUUUUAAGGAAUCAAGAAGGAGUUCUAGAUCAAGAGACAGAGAGGACUCUAAAUCAAGAAAUCGUGUUGAUUCUUCAGAAGAUUAUUCUUAUUCAAGGCCAAAAAGAUCAUUUAAAGAGAAAAAGGAUGAGGAUAAACAAAGCAAGGAUAGUGUAAGAAGGUCUCRUUCAGUUGAAGACAAACAAAAUAGCAAAUUAAGUAUCAGUGAUCAAGGAUCAAGGUCUAAAGAAUCCAUYGAUGUGAAGGGGGAUUCAAGAUCUCAUAGUCCAUUGAAGAGAGAUUUCUCAAGAGAUCGAUCAAAAGAUAGAAGGCAUCGUAGCAGAUCACCUAGGAAGGGAACCACUUCUCCCUCUAGACGGCAAAGAUCUCCAAGACGAAGUAGAUCACCAASGGAAAAAAGACCUUUUAGAAGAAGUAGGUCCCCUCGUAGGAGCAGAUCUCCAAGAAGGAGGGGAAGGUCCCCUAGGAGGAGAAGAAGCAGAUCUUCUUCACCAAGAUCAAGACAUGAAAGAAGAUCUUCURACAAGCACAAAGGCAGUUAUUCGGAAAGCAUUCCUCAGGAUAAGAAACCAGAUUCAGGGGAUGAAUUGUAUGACUUUGAAAUGGAGUCAGAAGAGGAUGAAGAAGAGAUUAUACAGAGAAGGAGACAACAGCGAGAAGAAAUAAUAAAGAAGUAUCAGGGAGGAACUCCUUCAGCGCCAGCGUCAAUUGCAACAUCAGUGACAUCACAGGAYUUGAAAGACUCAGAUUCAGACAGUGAUAGUAGUGAUAGUGAUAACAGUGAAUAUAGCAAUGCUGUUGACAAACAAGCUACUGAAGACCUUGAAAAAGACUUGGUUCUCACAGCUAAUAAAGGAAAAGAUAGUAAAAGUGGGGCAAAGGACAAUGAAUCGAGUGAAAACAAGAGCAGUUCUGAUUCUAAAAAAGAUGAAGAGACUUCCAAAAAUGGUGAAAUUGUUGCCGUAGAUGAUAUGUUUUCUGAACAUUACAGUAGCCCUGGAGGUCAAGUGCUAAUGAAGAUGGAUGUAUCAAAAGAAAAUCCUAAUCUUACUGACAACUGGGAUGAUGCUGAAGGAUAUUACCGUGUACGUAUUGGUGAACUACUCGACAAGAGGUACAACGUAUAUGGGUUUUCUGGGAGUGGUGUGUUUAGUAAUGUCAUCAGAGCAAGAGAUCAGGCAAGAGGGAACCAGGAUGUUGUGGUGAAAAUUAUACGAAACAAUGAAAUGAUGCACAAAACUGGUYUGAGGGAGCUCGAUUUCUUGAAAAAGCUGAAUGACGCUGACCCAGAUGACAAGUACCAUUGUUUACGUCUGUACAGACACUUUUUCCACAAGAACCACUUGUGUCUUGUAUUUGAAUCYUUGAGUAUGAAUCUCAGAGAAGUGCUUCGAAAAUAUGGACARAAUGUUGGUCUUCACAUAAAAGCUGUCAGGUCAUAUAGUCAACAGUUAUUYUUAUCUUUAAAACUACUAAAACGAACGGGAAUUUUACAUGCGGAUAUCAAGCCUGACAAUAUUCUGGUCAAUGAGUCGAAGUUGAUGAUCAAACUUUGUGACUUUGGUUCAGCAUCUCUGGCACAAGAUUAUGAAAUAACUCCAUAUCUUGUUAGCCGKUUUUAUAGAGCACCAGAAAUAAUCAUAGGUUCCAAGUACGACUAUGCUUUAGACUUGUGGUCUGUGGGGUGUACUAUUUAUGAACUGUACACUGGUAAGAUWAUGUUUCCUGGGAAAACAAACAAUGAGAUGCUCAAGUUGAUGAUGGACUAUAAAGGCAAGAUUCCAAAUAAGAUGAUCCGCAGAGGAAUGUUAAAGGACAAACACUUUGAUGAUAGCUGCAAUUUUCUUCACCAUGAAGUUGACAAAGUAACCCAAAGGGAAAAAGUGACAGUAAUAAGCUCAAUCAACCCAACUAAAGAGAUAGCUGAAUCCUUAUUUGGAUACCAUAAACUGGACGAGGUACACAAGCGCAAAGUAAACCAACUAAAAGAUCUUCUAGACAAGAUUCUGAUGUUGGAUCCAGCCAAGCGAAUGUCCUUGAAUGAAGCUCUUACUCAUCCCUUCAUCACAGAGAAAAUCUAAACUAAAGCGAUCAAGUUGAGUGGACACAUUGACACAAUGACAGUAACAUUCAUAUCAGGCAUGCUUUAUAAAAUGUUCUCGUGAACUAUUCAUGAUUACAUGUAAUUGUAUAUGUAUGUAUUUUUACUAGAAACAGUAGUACUACCGGUUGCCAUGCAGUAGACCUAAUCAGUGUUGGCUAUUGUGAACAAUCUGCACCAUACAGUAARGUGUCUGUAAGUGGUUGGCUGACCAACAACCGACACCUUACCGACCACUUACCAACCACUUACCAACACCUUACUGACACCUUACCAACACCUUACUGACACCUUACCAACCACUUACCAACACCUUACUGUACAGUGCGGAUUGUUCACAAUAGCCAUCGGUGUUUUGCUAUUUCAGACCAUGUGUCAUUCACUUGAGAACAAGACUGUUUCUUUGUUUGCAUCUCACCAGUUGAAUGUGAGAUUUAUAACAGUUAUGGAAUCUAAAAUUAUGCAAUGCAUUGUUUAUCACAGCAAAAAUUUCCAAGUAUUUUCUAUUAUUUCUUGCGAAGAAGAAAUAUUUUAUUCCAACAACAAUUACAAAAUAUUUUUUUUGUUUGCAAYCACCUAAACCAACCCAUCCCAAAUCUGUCUUUGCCACGUGAUAUAUCUUCUCAAGCAUUGAUGAUAUUGCRAAGCAAUAAUACUCAAGGGAAUGACACCUGGUAUCAAAUUGUUAACAGUGAUUUGUUUAGCGUUUUAUUAUCUGAGUUUGCUUGCAUUUUAUCACUUUUUGUGGUCUUUAAAUUUGCCUUUGAGCCAAAAUCAGUGCCACAAAGGAUACUGAUGCCAGCAUCAACAGCAUUAUGGAAAAGUUGUUAAUUUAUUCUAGUUAUUCCUGCGGCAUGCUUUUCAGGGCAGUGGUGCAAGGUAUAGUCUAAAAGCUGCAUAAGCCUACAAAUGUAAUAGUUUUUUUUAAGUUUUGUUUAUAAAUUAUAAGUUUGUCAUGAAGCAUGGUCACUAAUCACUGAUGACACUUUUUCUUAGAUUGUUACAUCUUGAAUCUAUUCAUCAAAGCAUACAUCACCUUCUAUCUUGAGGAAGAUCGCCUGGCAAUGAAUCAAUCUGUAACUUAGGGUUGAUAAAUAUUGUACAGGUAUAACGCCUGAUUAUCUCGAAAUGAYCAGAAAAGCUUUGAUCUCUUUCUGGAAUUAAUUAAAAACAUAUUUUGUUGGAGUCUUAAAAAUGAGUGCAAAAGACUUCGGAGCCUUUGAUAAAAUAAGGAACRAGAUUUAACAAAAACAUUGGACAAAGACAUAUUAUGCAUAUUCUACUUCUGCUAGUAACUAAAAUGUGAUAUUUUCACCAUGUAAAUAAUGGAUAAAUUUUGAUAAAUACUUGAYUUUUUUUACACCCUGAGACUAACAAAAGCAUAUGGGGUGGCAUAUCAGUAUAUAURCCUUGCAUUGUUUGCACUUUUUAAUGUGUAAAUUGUUUUAUGGUUGUUGUAUCUUGUUUUCUUUUUCUCAUGAUUUAUAAAUAGUAUGUUUAGUUUGAUCGGUAAUUCUUUUUCCAUCAAAUUCAUAUUCUUCACUAUAAGCAUCUUAAAAGUAUUUAAAAAUAUUGAAAAUUAUAACAACAGUAUUUCUUAUAAUUAUGCAUGUAUACAGCUGAUCAAAGGAAUCAGUAUUAACAUUAGUGAUYGGUAUAAGCCAUGCUUUCUUGAGGAGGUUUCAGUGUAAACUCUCGAACGUCGGACUCCUCUUCUUGUUUGUACCUCAUUAUGGAGAUAACCCCGGAUUUUAAGUUUUAAUGUGUCAUAUAGUUCCAGAAGAUAUUGAUACCUUAAGAUGAAGGAGUAAAUGCUAUCCCCACCUCCCCCCCCCCUCUACACCUUGCUGGAAGUUUUAUAAAGAAAACAACCUCCCUGAUUCACUUCCUUGGAAAUUGUACUUCCCUUCAUUGAGGAAGGACUGAACAUCUUCUGGAACAAACAACUUUUACUUAUUUUUUUUACUCAAACCAACAAAUGGUCCUCGACAAACAAUGUUGUUAUUAUAUUUUCAAAUAAGAACGAGAAUUUUUUUGAUCAUGUAGUAGGAUUAGUACUUCAAAGACAAUAUUAAGAGAAAUCUCUGUUCAUAAUGUAAGGCUGUUGUGACCAUUGGCAGUUUUUCUCUUGACAGGAUAGUGUGACACUUGUGCUGAUGUUGUGUGACUUCUCAAUAAAGUUCUUAUAUCCAUGGCAACCAUAGGGUAAUAUA